UAUAAGGGAGUUGUACUCCAGUCUAGUAGGUGGCGGUAAUGCAACAUAUUGGAUGCCAACCGCCGUUAAACCUCCUCGAAGAAGAAGAAGAAGUUUACAAACAUAUUUUGACGGUUGUAUUAUAUAGCUAAUGUGUUCAAGUAACCGGACGUUGACGAUGGACUCCACUGUACUGCUUCUAUUGACAAUGUUCGCUGUUUUAGGUAAAGUUGUUGGAGACAGAAGACUGACAUUUGUAACGGUGGGCUGUACAAGCUACUAUGUGACCCCAAUGACUAUUUCACGUAACGUUAACUAGCUGACUAAUAAAGGUCACAAAGAAGAGAGAAAUUAUUGGAUGAACAGCAACACUGGAUUGUUGCUAUGUUGACUUUGCUCUACUCUACCGCCAUGGUGACCGAUCCCCAGUCAAAGCCUACCCCACUGAUCGCUACCAGGAGAGCUCUUGGCCACAGGGCUUUGGACAGCUCUCGCAGGAAGGAAUGAGGCAGCACUUUGAGCUGGGACAGGUGCUGCGGAAACGCUAUCAGGGUUUUCUAAAUGACACCUAUGACCGACAUGAGAUUUCUGUGAGGAGCACAGACUAUGACCGGACCUUGAUGAGUGCAGAGGCCAACCUUGCAGGAUUGUACCCUCCCAAUGGAUCACAGGUCUUCAACCCAUCACUGGAGUGGCAGCCUAUUCCUGUUCACACUGUACCCCAGGAUGAGGAGAGGCUUUUGUCAUUUCCCAUUCUGGGUUGCCCUCGUUAUAAAAUCCUCAUGAUUGAGACUGAACGCACAGAAAAGUACCUCAACAUGACAUUUCUAUACAAAGAUCUAAUAGCAACGGUACGGGAGAAAACUGGUCUGAAGAACACCACCAUUGAGACUGUUUGGAGUGUCCAUGACACCCUGUUCUGUGAGGCAAGGCACAACAUGACUGCUCCUGACUGGGUGACCCCUGAGAUCAUGGAUGAUCUUAGGAAGCUCAAAGACUUUGGCUUUGAAAUCCUGUUUGAGGUCUACAAGCAUCAGGAGAAAAGCCGUCUCCAAGGAGGUGUCCUCUUGGGUAGCAUUGUAAAUAACAUCUCAGAGUCUGCACUUCCCGACUCCAAUCGCCGUCUGAAGAUGAUGAUGCUCUCUGCGCAUGACACCACCAUUGUGGCUCUGCAGUCAAGUUUGAGUAUCUUCAAUGGAAAGCAGCCGCCCUAUGCCUCCUGCCACAUAUUUGAACUCUAUCAGGAGGACAACGGAUCAUUCACAGUGGCCAUGUUUUAUCGCAAUGACACCACAAGAGCGCCAUACCAACUGGCUAUACCUAGCUGUGACCUCUUCUGCCCCCUGGAGGACUUUGUGCGCCUCACCAAACCAUCCAUCCCAGAGGAUUGGGACAAGGAGUGCAUGGUUGAGUCUCCUACAAAGGAUACAGAGGUGGUCAUCGGACUAGCAGUUUGUGGCUGUUUGCUCUUCCUCCUUAUCGUCCUCCUGCUCGCUGUGCUUUGUCGGCAACGUGAUCCCUCCGACGGCUACAGUCACAUUCACAAUGAGAUUGAAUCUUGACAAAAGUACAAACUCCACCGUAGGCAGGAUUCAUGGGAGAGUGAAGAUGUUGUUUGAAUGCCUCCCAGAUCUGCCCUCUGGUGGGGGAUGCAGGAAAAGGGAACACUAGACUCCUUUUUAGUGCAAUUUUUAUUUUAAACUUUUUACAUUUAAAAAAAAAAAAAAAAGAUUUUUCCUUCAAAGGGGACUGUGACCUUUGGCCAAAAAUGCACAGAAACUUACUGGGGAGGACAAAGGUUAUCUAGUCUUCUAGUCAACUGUUGUCAUGGUAAGUAUUCCUAAGCUUGUGAAUGAAGUUGUUUACUGCAUUCGGACAAAAAUGGCUUUUUUAAUGUUUUCAAAUGCUACUUGUACUCAUGGGUCCAAGUCACCUGACCAGCAUUCUUACAAAAUGUGGACCACUGGAUGCUUCAUGCUUGUUUGAUUCUCCACUUGGAAAAUAAUGAUCAUUGUGACACUGAACCCGAGGGAGGACUGCUUGUGCUUCAUUCUUCCAAGGAACAGAUUUUGGCCGACUGUACUGCACAUUCUUCUACCAAGUCUUUUGAUAAAGAAUACUAUUCAUUUCCUCUGGUGGUGAUUGUCAUGGUACUUGGAGAAGCCUUAACAUCAUGGUAGUCUUGGUAAAGGCUUUGCUCUAUAUGUCAGAGGCAUGUACUACUAACAAGCCUGUCAUGCUUUGUGCCUAGGGCUGUUAGAUUCAAUCUAAGGCACAGUAAUUCAUUUAUUUGCUGAAAAAGCUACAUGUAUCUAACAGUGUGACUGCCCUCUUUCUGCUCUUUUAAAACUGCCUCUGAGGUUUAGACUUUUUUUUUAAGGAAGGUAAAGUUUUUUUUUUUUUUUUUCCCCCAAAGUAAAACAAAAAAAUAUUACAAUAUAAAUACAGUAUGAUCCCUUUAAGUUAGUGAGUGCAGUGUCCCCCACUGAGUUCCCAUCAAACAAGUCACUCUGACCAAGGUAAAGACAGCUUCAGGUUGGAUAUUCAACGGAUAUCCGCCUGUAGUUUUCCUUACAUCCAGCAACCGCAGUUAGGAACAGUCAACCGUGACAAAUCACAUUUUUCAAAUUUCAAUAGCUCUUUAACCGUUACUCCUAAAACUUUCAAAACUGGUUCUAGCUAACCUGAUGGCAUAGACACACAUUGCACUUUUUUUUUUUUUGGUCAAUUUACAUCUCGCACUAUUUUAAAUUAUCUAUAAUUUGUUUUAACAUUUCAAUAGCUCCUUGGUUAUGUGACCUGACUUCAAACAAGGUUCAGAAUGUACACUCAGCGGGCCUACACAUUGCACACCCUUUAGUUAGUCCAUUUUAAUCUCACAAGAUUUUACAUGAAUUUUGUAAAUGUUCUAAUUUCAUUAGCUCCUUGGUCAUGUGACCUGACUUCAAACAAGGUUCAGAAUGUCCAAUGACUACCCUUGUAUAUUGCACACUCUUUAGUUUAUCCAUUUACAUCUCACACGAUUUUACAUUUAAUUUUUCAAACUGUAUAAUUUCAAUUUCUCCUUGGUAAUGUGACAGACUGACCUCAAACUACUUUCAGAAUGUCCACGGACUGGUGGAGACGGGCGCCACGAGGCAUCCAGUGCGGUAAUGCGGCCGAUCCCGGAGAAGCUGGCGGGAGCCCUGGAAUGGGUAUGCCACGAGGGAGGGGCCCAAGCCCUGGAAAGCGUUGCUGUUUCGGCAGCAUUCGGUGAGCUCUCCCUGGCUCUUGAAAGUCCGGGGGAGAGGGUGUAAAUCUCGCGCCGGGCAAUAUUACUUUACUAUAUCCGCAGCAGGUCUCCAAGGUGAACAGCCUCUGGCAUGUUAUAACAGUGUCGGUAAGGGAAGUUGGCAAAAAACAUCCGUAACUUCGGGAUAAGGUUUGGCUCUAAGGGCUGGGCUCGAACCGUGGCUGGGGGAGCAGUCCCUCCGUCACCCUCCUCUCACCACCAUUUCAUUGUGUGGUCCAUCUUGUGGUCUCGCAAGGGGCUGCGUGCUGGGAUUCGUUGGGAUGGUGUCCGUCGGCAGGCCGAAGGCGGACUGGUGGGGGGUUGGGUCCGGCGAUUGGUGGCGGCAACUCUGGAAGCACGCCAGGCCCUUCUCACGGAUCUCUCCAGCUAUGGCGCUCGCCUGCCCCACGCAUUGUAGGUGGCGAGGUCGCCUCAAGUCUAGUGAGCGUAGAGGAGGAGACUAGACCCAAUGGCCCUGCAGGGAUAGGGCAUUGCAUGGAUCUGGCUCAUGCCCUACGAAUUGGGGAGAGGUAUCUCCAGCUUGUCUGGGGAGGGAGGCCUACGUCUGUGGGUAGUACCAUCCAUGCCCAGGGAUUUGUAUGUAGCAGAGCAGCUCACUCGCUGCAAUAUAUUGAAAGUCAGCCCUCGAGCACUCAGGCCAUGGAUGUUGGUGUGAGGACAGCAGAAAAAAGCGGGCGGAUCACCCAGAGCCUGUUUUUGAAUUACCACGUGCACAGAGCCUGUUUCGACAGCGGGACUGUAGACGUUUUAGUAAUUCCAGGGAGUAAGCCAAGGGAAAGGGGUGUUGACCGGGUAGGGAGAGUAGGUGUGGAGGUCUGUAGUUCCAGGGAGUAAGCUAUACACACUCAGGCCCAGAGAGAGGGCGGUCAGAAAGUAUAGGCCUAGAGACCAGGAAUCAGAGGUCACCAGGUCAAUAGGGGGCCUGCCUGGAGGUCAGGAAGGUCCAAGUGAAUAGGUGUGUGUGACACUGUCCUUCAGGGGUGCAGAGCAGGCAACUUAAUGUAAAAUCGUUUGAGAUGAAAAUGGACAAACUGAAGGGUGUGCAAUGUGUAGGCCCACUGAGUGUACAUUCUGAACCUUGUUUGAAGUCAGAAGGUCACAUGACCAAGGAGCUAUUGAAAUUCAAAUGUAAAAAAAGUUUGUACAUAGGGAGCAUAAACAAACCAAUUCAACUAGGAAUACAAAAUGCUACUCACACAUGUUUAUUAGCUUUGCAAAGUGAAUUAAUGUCCAAAUCGUGAAAAUAAGACCUGUGCUGUAACACAAUCUAACCAUGAAUAAAAGUCCAAUGUUGGUAGUGACUGCCCAUGACUGCUUAACAAUUAGUAACCAUUAUUCAUAUUACUUUACUAUAAUUUAUAAUAGGGCCUAUUGUUUAACCAGACAUCUGAUUCAAGUUGUCCAGCUGGUUUUUGUAGACAUCAUGGCCCCAAUAAUAAUGUCUCCAUUUUAUCACAUCGCUACGUGACGGACUGGAGAGUAAUUCUUAUCUGUAAUAUUUUGUAUUAAAUCAUGAACAAUUGGUUUCACCGUAGUGCUUGAAUUAUGCUGUUUAACAUAAAAUCAUUCAUGUCCUGAUAUGCUGGAAAUUAGUUGUAAGAAUUUUUUGCACUGGGAAUUGGCAAAACUUUAUUUGAUUUGAGUCACUGUUUGCAUAUGGAUUGCUUAAACUGUAUGUUGAGUGUCUUAUCAAUAAUGUUGUCUUAUGGCACCUGUUCAAUAAAUGGUUCUGUUCUUAAAA